UGACAGAUAAGAGUGCCAUUUUCAUCCUUCCGUCCUGUGAACCCAAAUGAUCCAACAUUAGAUCCAUUCCUUGUACAUACAGUAACUAUACGCUUUGAGCCAUGACGACAGAGGCCUGUUGAAGGAUCAGCAGGAAUGAGGCAAGACCCCCGAAAUUUCAAGCUUAUAUUAGAAUAUAUAAAAGCCUUGCCUACGGGACAGGAAACAGAUUUUGUUUUAGUCUCAUGCACAGGAUUAGGAGUUGAGCCAAACAGAAGGGAGCAAGUUUUGAAAGCCAAGAGGGCUGGUGAGGAUUCAUUGAGAAGAUCAGGUCUUGGGUACACAAUAAUUCGCCCUGGUCCCCUAAUGGAAGUACCUCGUGGACAACGUGCUCUUAUAUUCGAUCAAGGAGGGUUUCCUAGGUGA